AUGUCAAAAAUACAAUAUCGCUCACGCCGGAAAAUUCCUGUGACCCUGGUGGCUACUGUGUUUCUUGUCAGCUCGUACAUUCUUUGUGUCUGCCUAAUUGGGGUCUUGAGGACGUCUCCAGAUCCCCUGCCUAAUUGCCAGGUUCGGCUCUGGCAUCAGCUACAUGCACUUUUUACGGAACAUGAACCACACUGCCCUUCGCCAACCCUGCGGGACUCUGUGGGACUGCCGCGAUUUAAUGCUAUUAAGAAGUCUCAUCGGCUAAACUAUAUUAACAAUGCCGACGAGAUCCGAGAGCCCCUACGGGUUGCACAUGACGGCUUUACUCAGGACAUGCGUACACUUGACAGCGAACGAGCUUAUUACGCUGGAUCUAAGGGGAUUGUAUCCGCAGCUGGAGGACCCUACCUGCCUGCCUUUGUGGUUACCCUACGGAUGCUGCGACGAACUGGAUCCACUUUACCCGUGGAACUCUUUAUGCGGGAUUAUCUUGAGUAUGAGCCAUAUAUUUGCGAGGUAGUUCUCCCGCCUCUCCAGGCCCAAUGCAUUAUUCUCUCGGAGAUUGUGCUGGGCGGGUUCGGCGAUCCCCGUUACACCAUCGAGCAUUAUCAGAUUAAAUCAUUUGCAAUACUCUUUUCAUCGUUUGAAAGUGUUCUGUGGAUGGAUGCGGACUGCAUUCCACUGUACAACCCCUCUCCGUUGCUAUCUUCGGAGCCUUUUAUCUCAACUGGUCUGGUUACCUGGCCGGAUUUCUGGACUAAUACGGCCUCGCCGCUGUACUUCCAGAUAUCUCGUCAACCUGAGCCGCCCACCACUGCACGCCAAGCAACCGAGGCUGGUAUGUUGCUGAUCUCUAAGAAAAGCCAUUGGAUGACUUUGCUCCUGGCCGCCUACUACAACUACUACGGGCCCUCGUUCUAUUACCGGCUUCUGGGACAAGGCGCCCCCGGCGAAGGUGACAAGGACACCUUCCUCCAGGCGGCGACAGCCGUCGGUGAAGAAUACUACGCUGUCAGUGAGGCUGUAGCCGAUCUGGGCCACCCAGAUAGUUCCGGCAAAGGGGUCCUCGGUGCCGCAAUGUUGCAGGCAGAUCCCAUGGAAGACUAUGCGCUUACCAGCCGGGGGAAAUGGCGUGUAAAGGAUCCAUCGGUGGCGGAGGCGGCCCGGGGAUUCUUUAUCCACUCAUAUAAUCCAAAGUUUAAUCCGGGAGGAGAUCUCCUGGGAGAGAAGGCGCAAGAUGCGAAAGGACAGCCAAGUCGGCUCUGGACAGCUAGUAUUAACGCAUUGCAAAGAAUAGGAUAUGAUGCAGAGAAGGUGGUAUGGGAGGAAGCAAAGACAGUGGCGUGCACUCUGGAGCAUGCGUUUGAGACAUGGAAAGGCAAGUCGGGAAUAUGUGAGGGGGUGCAGAAACAUUGGGAAUCAUUAUUUACAGAGGUCCAUUUUGGUAGUUGA